UCUAAUACUCCGUAGGCUGGGAACGAGGAGUCAAGUCUGUCUGCUGGCUGGGGCGAUUGGAAACCAAAAUGGUGGACACGGGAGAGCAAAACACGGAUCUAAACUAACUUUCAAUGUUUUGUAGCUAUGCAAUAAAGCUUUUAUAGUAGUUAUGUCGGAAAGUUUAGAAGCUGAUCAUGCCUAGAAAAGGGAACGGGCAGCUACCGUUACCGGAGGGUUGGGAAGAGGCGAGGGACUACGACGGAAAAGUGUUCUUCAUCGACCACAAUACAAAACAGACCAGUUGGGUUGACCCAAGAGACAGGUUGACCAAGCCCCUGUCAUUUGCGGACUGUGUGGGAGACGAGUUGCCAUGGGGAUGGGAGGCAUCAUACGAUCCUCAGAUUGGCACCUACUACAUCGACCACAUCAACAAGAGCACCCAGCUGGAGGACCCGCGCGCUGCGUGGCGGGGCCAGCAGGAGAGGAUGCUCCAGGACUACCUGAGGGUGGCGCAGCACUCGCUGUCUGCCCACCGGCAGCUGUACCUGGUGAAGGAGCAGCGCCUGGCCCUGGCCCUGGACCACUACACACACCUCAACCACGCCUACAAGGCCACCUCCAGGACCAGCCUGUUAUCAAGCUCGUCUUCCAGCACCAAGUAUGACCCCGACAUUCUCAAGGCUGACAUCUCCACCACCAAAGUCAGGGUAAACAAGCUGAAGAGAGAACUGACUCAGAUGAAGCAGGAGCUGCUGUAUAAGGAACAGGGCUUCCAAACCCUGCAGCAGAUCGACCAGAGGUUGUGUGGGGAGCAGAGUGGGUUCUGUCUCACCGAGGCUAAGGCCAUCGUGUCGGAGCUCAAGUCCCUCCGCAAGGCCAUCAGCUCUGGGGAGAAGGAGAAGCAGGAUCUCAUCCAGUGUCUUGCUAAGCUAAAGGAACGGUUCCAUGUGGAACCUAGUCGUUCGGAACCAGACCUGAGGAACCCAGCAGGUUCUAACCUCCAGCUGACUAGAACAACCCUGGAGACUGGUUCUCAGACUGACGUUACUGGAGAGGUGGGACUGAGAGGCAGGUCUUCCCUGGCUGAAAAGGUCAAGCUCAGUCUCCAGUAUGAGGAGGCCAAGAGAAGUCUGGCCAACACCCAGGUGGAGCUAGCAGAUCUGGAGGUGGAGGGGGCGUGUCCGGGGGAGGUGGAUGUGGAGCGGGACCGCCUCCUCCUGGUCUCAGAGAAGGAGGAGCUGCUGAAGGAGCUGCAGUUUGUGUCGCCGCGGCGACGCUCACCGCAGGAGCUGCAGAAGCUGGAGGAGCAACGGCUGCAGCUGGAGGAGGAGCUGGAGGCGGUUAGACACGCUCCUAGCCACGCCUUGUCACAGAGGUUGAAGGUUCAGGAGCGACGCCGUGUCCUGGUCCAGAAGUUGGAGGAGUCCACCAGACUCACCAGUCUGCUCCACUCUCAGCUCAAGAGCCUUUCGGCCAGCACAUUGUCCGUGUCGUCAGGCAGCAGUCUGGGUUCUCUGGCCUCCAGUCGAGGCUCCCUCAACACCUGGAGCAGUUCCCGGGGGUCCCUGUCCUCCCUCACCUCCACAGACCUGUACGCGCCCCCCCAGGAUCCCUCUGCAGCCCCCUCUCCCCUCCCCCUGGACCUGGAGCUGGGCUACCUCCUCCUCCACAACCCCCCUCCGCCCCCUCCUCCUCUCUCCUCCUCUUCCUCUGCUCUCUACACCCCCCAUGGACAAAUCACCACCAUCCAUGAGCACGAGGUGGCGGCUGAUUCGACCGCGCUGGCGCCACUCGCCGAUCCCACCCUGAGUCCCGCCCAGCUCGCUCCUCUCGGCCAAUCGAAGCAACCGGAGGUUCAAACGGCCAAAUCGCUGGCGUCGCUCUCCUCGAGGUCAUCGCUCUCGUCCCUCUCGCCGCCCGGUUCGCCACUAGUGCUCGAUGGAUCUUUCCUCCCGCCUCCUGUGGCCAAUCAGGACUUUGGAGAGGACGAGGGGGCCGGGCUGAGGUUCUACGAUGGACAGGGCGUGUUUGAGGCGGAGGAGAAGGACGGGGGAGAGGGGGGGAGGAAGAGGGAGAUAGACACCCUCCAGGAGAGCAUCUCAGAAGUGCUGGUGCAGUCCAGAGGGGUGGAGGACAGGCCCGUGUGUGUGUCUGCUGCUGUGUCAGACGAGUCUGUCGCUGGGGACAGUGGAGUCUACGAGGCAUCCAGCAAACGGUCCAUGGAGACAGACACCGACCAGGUUGUCUACAUAGAGGAUGAAGCAGCCCUCUCAGAAUCCACCCAGAUCCAGAUCGCUCUUAAGUUUGACGCGGCCAGCUCCAGUCUUGUCCUGGUCGUCAUUCAGCUGCAGAAUCCUGCUGCCUUGUUUCUCCAUCCCAGCUCCAGGAUCUACAUGAGGGUAGCGCUCCUCCCGUGCUCCAGCGACGUGCCCAGCCUGUUCAGGACCCGCCUGGUGUCCCCUGCUGGGCUCGACCACACGCUGCUCUUCAACGACGUGUUCACAGUCUCUGUCCCCAGCUUGGCCUCGCUCCGCAGGAAGACCCUCCACAUCCACGCCUGCUGUCUCAGCCAGGGCAGCUCCGAGGACUGUCUGGCUGGGACCCAGGUCAGUCUGGCAGAGGCAGGUCUCAAUGGAGACCUGGUCAGUGUCUGGUACACCCUGCUGACCCCAGAGAGACCCACACACCCAGGGCCAGAGCUGGGCUCGGAGGGAGAGCGGGCCCACAGGAAGUGGCCCGUCUCUGGGGAAGACCUUCAGCCUGCUCCCCUUCUGGACCUGGAUGCUGUAUCUAUCCUGCUUCAGAGGACUUCUACAGAGCUGGAAGCUGUAGAACAGGAGCUGGGCCUGGAGGACCGAGACACACACAACCACUGGCUGAGCAUGCUGGGGGAGGAGCCUCCGAUUGAUGGCGUGGAGGAAGAGGAGGAUGGAGAAGAGAGAGGAUCGUCUGCCCACAGGGGGGCGUGGCCGGGCUCUGGCCAGGCCGGAGGGGAACAGAGGGAUGAAGGAGAGGAGGGGUGGUGUGCAGAAGAGACGGAGGAAGACGACGAGUGUCUUCCGGGAGAAGGGGAGGAGGAAGAGGAAGAGAGCAGCUGUAAGGAGAGACGACCUAGAGAUGAAGGACCGGCACUGGUGGACAAGGAGACGAACACAGAGGCCUGCGUCCAGCGGGGGGUGGUGGCGAGGGACAGGCCACGCCCCCCCAGGGGCUUUGUACGGAACAGCGUGAUCAUGAGGUCCCAGACCUUCUCUCCUGGGGAACGCAACCAGUACAUCUGCAGGCUGAGUCGCAGUGACAGUGACAGCUCCACGCUGGUCCGCCGGGCUCCGUUUGUGAGGAACGCCUCGGAGCGACGCAGCCUGAGGGUCAGGAGGGCGAGCAUAGAGCUGGGGGGUCCUCACCAUGGUGGUGUUCCCCAGCAGCAGGGGGCCGCGGAGGGGGCAGCGGCCUCCAGGACCUCGCUGGACUUGGAGCUGGCGCUACAGGCCUGGAGAACCAGACACAGCAGGCUGGCUGACGAACUGCAGGCCCUGAGGGAGCUGCGUGCCCAGCUGGAGGAGCUGAGGAGCAGGGGAGAGACUCAGCUGCCGGCAGUCAUCCUGGAGGACCAGCGCUUCACCAGGCUGCUGCAGCACGCUGCCAGACAGAUGGACCAGUCCAGAGAGCAGCAGCGAGCAGAGCUGCGAGCUGAUAGGCUGUUGAGGAGAGCCAAUAAGGAUGUGUGUCGGCUGCGGGAGCAGAACCAGAAAGUGCCCGCCCGGGUCCUCUCCUUCAGAGAGAAGAUGUCCUACUUUACCAGAGUCAGGAUCAGUAUACCUUCUCUACCUGCACACGACGUCUGACGUUUGACCUUUCAUUGACAAAAUAUGAAGUAUUUUUACAUUUUUUUGUAGCACAGAGUAUUUUAAUGUUAGUGUAGUUACUAUGACAUGGAAAUCAAGUAGCUGUUCACCAAAGUGGCUGAGUAUGUAUUCUGUAUUUCUGUACAUAUAGCGGAGAUGAAGUGUUUGUUGUGACCAGAGAACUAAACCAUAGUUGAACCUGGUCAUGUGUCAAUGACACGCCUGUACAGUUUUGUAAAAGUAUGUGAACUUGGAGGUGAUUUUGUGUGUAUGAGUGUAUCCAACCAGACUCAGAUAGUAUUUGAUAUUGUUUUAUUAGUUAGUUUGAUUACUGUUUGACUAGCUGAAACAAGCACAGCUGAAGUAUUUAAAAAGGAAAUCAAACACUAUUUGGCUGGUUGGGUCUGGUUGAGUCUGGUUGGGUUUGGUUGGGUCUGGCCCAAACUGUUGUCCUGCUGUUUCUUUGUCUCCCUCUUGGGGUUUACAGAGGAACUGCAGCACAGUACACAGUACUGGGUUGAGUAUCAGUGUUAGGUGUGUGUGUGUGUGUGUGUAUUCUCAGUCAAGUUAGAAGGAAACUUAAAAUAUAAGUGUGUAUUAUUCUGUCCAAAACUGGUGCUUUGCCCCACUUGUCAGAACACAAUUAUUAUUGUAUUCAAAUGUAUCAUUAUUAUGAUGUAUCUUUAUACUGGGUAGCUAUCUUGAUCAGAUCCAGAAGAAAGCAUGUAAAACUACAAUUAUAUGUCAAACAAAACAACAAAAACCUACGGACAGCAAAACUACCACCUGCAGUGUUUAUAAGAAAAUGAAUGACUAAUGUCUUUUUAUGAAGGUUUCAGUAUCUGAUAUCUGUCCAAAAUGUUCUGCAACCUCCACUUAUUCUAUUUAUUUAGGUUCUAAAAUGGGUGUCUGUGACUUCCUGUAGUGGUUUGUUUCCUGUCUGCCUUUGUUACUGUAGAGACGCAGCUUCGAGGGAAUGCUGUGUGUGUGUGUGUGUGUGUGUAGGUGUGUGUGUGUGUGUGUGUGUGUGUGUGUGUGUGUGUGUGUGUGUGUGUGUGUGUGUGUGUGUGUGUGUGUGUGUGGAUUGCAUUGACUGCCUCUCUCUCGUUCUCUGCUCGUCUUCAUCAGCCAACAGUGAAGGAACACAAGCCUAAUCUGUUAAGUGUUACGUUGUCUUGGCGUUUGAGAUGUAGCUGCAAAUGCUCUGUGUCUAGGUAACAGUAGCCUGUCACUACUGGAACUCGGAUGGCAUGUUCUGUGUUAGCUCUGUGGUGAAUCAGACAGUCACUGAAACUAAAGAAAGAAAACAAAUCUUUUCCUUCCAGUAACGAACCCUGUCAGCAGCUUCUGCCCUGUAGUAACACAGCGCUGUCUGCAGAGAAGCUGCCUUUGGUGUCUGUUUAUUUAUUUGUUUGUAUUAUUUUAUUUAUGUUUUUGCUCAUGUACAUACCCUCUCUGGAGUGUUUUAUAAAAUUGAUUAACACCUGGA